AUGAGCUUGGAUGCGCUAAUUGUGUCGGCAGCCGGUGGCGCGCUCGCGAAGCAGUGCCCCACCGAGCUUAGCCGCGCCGUGGCGGCUCAGGCGGCCGGCGCCCCCGCAGAGCCGGCGUCGCAGCAUGUGACGCCCGAAAUGCAGCCGCGGCCCGGUGAGUACAAUUCCGAUGUGCUCGGCGGCCUUGACCUUGCCGUCGCCGAGAUCUCAAAGAGAAAUAUGACGGCGACCCUCUGUCUGGGCAACAUGUGGCAGUGGAGCGGCGGCUUCGCCGCCUACGUCUUUUGGGCAACUGGCCUCCGGCCUCCUCGAAUGACGCCUCACGCGACGGACGAAGACUGGCAAGCGCAUCAGAACUACGCGAGCCGCUACUACGAGCUCCCUGAGGCGCAGGAGUUGUGGCAGCGCUUCGUCGCGACUUUGCUCCAACGCUUCAACCGGCACACCGCGCGGACCUACCGCGAGGAGCCAGCAAUCCUCGCGUGGCAGCUCGCCAACGAGCCCCGCCCGAUCACCCACCGCGACGCGUAUCGCAAGUGGAUCGUAGCAUCGGCCGCCUUCCUGAGACAGCGCGACUGCGGCCACCUCAUAUCGCUAGGGUCGGAGGGGCCGACACCGUGGCCCAGUUAUGUUGGCACAAACCUGGCGAAGGACCACGCAGUGGUCGACUACGUAACGGUCCAUGUCUGGCCCCAGAACUGGGGGUGGUUCGACCCGCAGAACGGGGCGGGUCUCGACUCGGCGUGGGCUCUCGCCGAGGUGUACGUGCGUGGCGCACUCACAGAAGCUGAGCGUCUCGACAAGCCUCUCGUGGUCGAGGAAUUUGGCCUUGCGCGCGACGCCGGCUCCUACGCCGCUGGCUCCACGACCGCAUUGCGCGACAUCUUUUACCGCCGCAUGUGCAGGCUCAUUGCUGGCGGCGGCCGGGCUGCCGCCGGGCUCGGAUUUUGGGCGUGGGGCGGCGAAGGCCGGCCAAGCCGACCUCGCUCGGUCUGGAAGGCUGGCGACGCUCUCCUGGGAGACCCGCCGCACGAGCUGCAGGGUUGGUAUUCGGUCUAUGACACCGACGCAUCAACCCUCGUCGUGAUAGCCCAGUGUUCGCACAUGCUGCAGCAGGCCGCGCACAAUUAG